UUAAAAGCGACAACUAAUGAACCAAACAAUAGCGUGUGAGAAUCACUUGUGCAGAGAAGUCCAUAUAUUCAUUCUUGCUUCCACACUCAGCAUUCAGAGAAAAGUUAGGGUUUUGGAUUUCGGGUCUCCGGUGGUGCCCCAUCAGUCAUGGGAGGAGGCAAUGGUCAAAAGGCGAAGAUGGCUCGCGAGAGGAACCUCGAGAAGCAGAAGGCCGGAGCAAAGGGAAGCCAGUUGGAAACAAACAAGAAAGCCAUGAAUAUCCAGUGCAAGGUGUGCAUGCAAACAUUUAUGUGCACCACAUCAGAAGUGAAGUGCAGGGAGCAUGCUGAAGCCAAACACCCUAAAUCUGAUGUCUAUGCUUGCUUUCCUCAUCUUAAAAAGUGAACGAGUGCAUGUGGAGACAUGAUAUCAUUAUGGCAUGUUCUACAAUAUAUCCACAUAGAUCUUCAAUUUCUUUUAUAUCGAAUAUGUCUGUGUGUUGGUGUCUUGUGGGGGAGAGGGGAUAAUUAGUACGUUUUUCCAUUAAGUGUGAGAAACUGUGUUAAUUUUCUCUUUUAUGUCGAAUUGUAACUUAUGAAUGAUGAUUGUUAGUGUCAAUAUUAAGCAUCUUACAGAAUCACGGUUUACAUA